GGUUAUCCCGGGAUUCCCCACAUCACCGCCAAGUUCGAAGAUGUCAAGUUCUGAGCGCGACAAAUUGGACCAGGCUUCUAUAACUGCAGACAAGCUUAGUAACAGUUUGUCUCUGAAUUUGACUGGCCAAGAUGUCCACCAACACCCUAAGUUUGUUGAACUGUUGACUUCAUUGACAUCCCACAUUAAUGAAUCUGGAGUAGGUAUCCAGGUAUUCAAGGAUCUCACUCAGGCUGAAGAUGUUCUUCACCAUGAGAAACACAGUUGGUUACUCGUUCACAUUCUGUACCAUGAACUACAAGAGAUGCUUCUUGACUACGAUAUAAAUAGUCAGGAUGUUUCCGUGACAACAGAAGACAAGCAAUUUAAAGAUAUUUUACAACAUUGUCUGACCUAUGCUGAGCUUGGCGACUACCUAGAUUGCGACCCUGAUAUAACUUCCAAAACCACCUUGUUGGGUAUUAGUCAUGGUGAUGUUCAGAGACUCAAUCAGUAUAAAGAGCAUUUACCCAGCAUACAGCAAAAGUUGAUUCCUGAAAUUGAAAAACGACUGCGGAAGAAAUGCGAACAUCUUGUACAUCUUCAAGAACCAGACCACAUGGAUAGUGCCCAAAUGACAUUAGCGAAAGCUUCCCAGCUGCCCAGUCAGAUUGAGAAAAGUAAACUGAGAUUGGAGGAAAAUAAGAGAUUGUUAAAAGAAGACAAAUGUCAAAGAGAUCGACAGUUCUGGCUUUACUUUCAGACUUUGGUGGACUCGCUGAAAAUUUUGGUGGAGAUAACAAAGAAAUACUGUCUUCAAGGCCAGUCCGAGUUUGACACACACACCAGCAACUGGCUGGUUACCAAGUGCGAUGCCAUGUGUCUGAAAGUCAAGCUGUUGGAACUGGAGGUUUUGUGUGAUACCUACACAGCUGAAUCCAUUGAAGCCUUGAGAGUCAUCAAGAGCCAUCUUAAGACUGCUAUGGACAGUACAGAAAAAGAUUACAGCAAUAAGUGUCAGACAUUAAAAGCAUUUGAAGCUGUCGGCAUGGGUUUUGAUAGACUAGUUGAGGAAUAUACUGUCCUUCGUGGCGAGCUGGAAAAUAAACGGUGGGCAUUAUCGGAGUUGAAAAACCAGGAACAGACGUGAUACAAUGCAAACAAGGAUACUGUUUUGUGAUAAAACCAGAAACAGAUGUGAUACUGUGCAAACAAGGAUGCAGUUUUGUGAUAAAUGCAAAAAAUCCUCCAGGGCUAGCUAUGGCACUCGCCAAAUUCACCAAUUGCAAAUUUUAAAAACAAUUGGCAAAUUUUAUUUCGAUUUUGUGAAAUAAUUUUUAGUAAUAAUUGAUAUUUUGUUGGAUAAUAACUGUAAUUCUGCAAUUUUUUAAGAUUUAACAGAUCAUUUGGCGAAGGUUUCUACUUGUCCAGGGCCAACCCUGUGCUCUUUUGUGAUAAAUACAAAAUUAUUUUUAAAAACCUGUUCCAUUUUUUUUUCUUGGACCGAAAGUGAAAUUUGCCAGAAUAUUGCUGGUCAUAUAUAUAUAUAUUAAAAAAUCAUUCAAUUUUCCAGAUGAAGAUUGUAACAAAUUAUUAUCUAUAAAUGUCCUCUUUCUUGUUCGUAUAUAAAUGUGUUAUUAAAACAUAUUUAGAUGGUA